GUGCUGUUUCGCAGAAGGAGCUGCAACAGAUCCGGCUGUCCUUUGAGAGGAAGAAGAUGGCCAUUACUGAGGUAUGGGACGGAGUGGCCGAGGUACACACAGCCCUGAACAACCAGGCCACCGGGCUGAUGAAUCUCAAGAAAGACAUCCGAGGCGUGCUGGACCAGAUGGAGGACAUUCAGCUAGAGAUUCUGGGGGAGCGCGCUCAAAGUCGAACUCAGGCCCGGAAGGAGCGGCAGCUGGCCUGCCUGAGGCCGAAGCUGGGAUGUCCAGAGACCUUCAAGAGCCAGCUCUGGCUGCUGGCCCUGAAGCUGCUGCUGGGCACCCUGCUGGCCUGCACCGCCGCCUACGUGUACGUGGUGGACCCCACGCCCUUCGAAGGGCUGGUGCCGCCCCUGCUGAGCCGCGCCGCCGUCUGGAGGCUACGGGCGCUGCUGAGCCCGUUCCUACGCCUCGAGGUGGACGAUUUCCUGCCCUUCUAGACCCGAAGGCCCCGCGGACCCAGCGAGGAGAAGCCCUGGCAGCCGGCUCUUACCCCGGGUGCCCAGCGACCGUGUCGGCCCCCGCUCGUGGGCUCCUGGCACUGGCGCUCACGGUCCCAGCCG